UCCAUGUGCCUAUGAUAAUCGAAGUAAAAUAAUGACAUUGAUCAAUAACAGAUUGUCUACCCUAAAAAAUGCAUGCACGAAAAUUAACUUGUCUCUGUUUUAGGAACUUUCCUCUGGCUCAUAAAAGAUUCUUUUCUACAAGAAAACUGUCAAAUGCUGAAGUCAGACGAAAAAGAAAUGAUUUAUUUGAAGCAGAGAAAGGGAGACAAUUAUCAUUAUAUGAACGAAUUGAAAAAGUGGAAGUGCAAUAUACUGGUUUGCCUGAAUCAUGUACACUAAUCAUGAACAAAGGGAUAUCUACUCCAUAUAAUUGUGCUAUGCACAUGACAGAACACAUUGGAAACCAAGCCGUGUUGGCAUUAGUGAAUGGUAAACUAUGGGAUAUGCAUCGACCAUUAAUGGAAGACUGUCAGUUAUCAUUCUUACAUUUUAGAGAUGAAGAUCCAAGAAUGGUUAAUAAGGCUUUUUGGAGAUCCUGUUCUUUCAUACUUGGAGGAGUAUUAGAAACAGCAUUUAAGGAGGAAUUCUAUGUUCAGCUUUGCAGUUUUCCUAAGCCUGAUGUACGUAGUGGCAGUUUUGUAUAUGAUGUAGAUUUAGACAUGUCAGAUUGGUCACCAUCAUCAGUUGAGUUACGUUGUAUUAGUCAGAUUGGCUCAAGAUUAAAAGAAAAAGAUUGUAAAUUUGAAAGACUUGAUAUGACAAUAGAGAAAGCAGAGGAAAUGUUCAUGGACAAUAAAUAUAAGUUACAACAGAUACCAUCAAUAGCGUCAAAAUCUGAGUCAUCAAAUCAUGUGACAGUGUACAGAGCCGGAGAGCAUAUAGAUAUUAGCCGUGGGCCAAUGAUUUCUACAACAGCCUUAUUAAAUAGAUUUGAUAUUUCAGCAGUACACAGGUUAGAUACUAGUUUAUCAAAUACUAUGUUCAGAGUACAGGGCAUAGGUAUGCCUACACAGCUUCAGUUACACUACUGGACAUAUGAACAGUUGGUGAAUAAAAGUAAAAAGUUGAAUCCUGCACUCAUGCCAGGAACAGAACCACAAACAGAUACCCUAGAAUCAACAGAACCAUCAAAGCAACAAGCUGUAAAUUAAAUGAAGUGAACCACAAAGAGCAGUCAUUUCUACUUUGUGAUCAAUUGAUAAAUGGACAUUUAAUUUGUAUAGCCAGGAAAGAUGAAAAACUGUACGACCAGCUAGUAUUUAAAAUCAUGUGAAAAACCCCAUUACAUAUUCAGGAAUUAAUCUAGCAAGCUUUAUUCUGUAUUUCCUAGAAAUUUGUUUUCUCAGGUCUAAGGAAAAGAUUAUGAUGUAACAAAUUUAGAAAGGAUUGUGAUACUGUUUUAUGUUACGGAAUCUAUUAGUGAAUUAAAUUUUCUAUGACAACCAA